AAAAAUGCAUCUGAGCUACAAAAGAAAUACUCGGAAUGGAUUCAGUCAUCUUCAGAGAGGAAAAGAAAGAUCAAUGGUGAUUCUGCAAGUUCGCUACCGACUAAACAACAAAAAUUAGAAAAAGGGAAAAAGCGUGCAAAGGAAGACAGUUCUAGCAGUGACAGCGAACAUGACAAAAAGACACCACAGAAAUCUUCUCAUCCUCCCAACAAAAUUGCCAAGGUGACCAAAGAUUCCAGCUCUUCAGAAUCUAGUUCAGACGAAGAACCGGCAGCCAAGACUACUAAAAAUGCGACAGUUAAACCUGCGACAGUUAGUAAGUCAGUGGCACCUGCAAAAAAAGCAAAGGAAUCCAGCAGUGAUUCAGAUUCUAGUUCAGAGGAAGAUACGAAGAAGAAAGCUCUAGCCACAGCAGCUGCUUCUAAGAUUGUGGCACCACCAACAGCAAAGAAAACCGGGUCAUCAGACAGCGACUCAGAAUCCUCUAGCUCGGAGGAGGACAGCAAGAAGAAGCUGUCGCCAAAGCCUAAGACGGCAGUUGUGAAAGCUCAGAAUGCAAAUAAAAAGGCAAGUUCCAGCAGUGAUACAGAUUCUGACAGCAGCGUUGACAAUUCUCAGGCUAAGAAAUCGGCAGCUAAAAACGUGGCUGCUGGUAAACCUGAAGCUGCCAAUAGAAAUGUCAGUUUUAAGGAGGAACCCAAAAAGGCUGCUGCAGAAAAAGGGAAGCCGGCCUCUGGUAAAAAGGAAGAGAGCAGUUCUAGCAGCGAUUCCAGUUCCGAGGACAACAAGAAAGUCACUGCUAAGGCUGCAGGCAAGAGAUCGAACUCAGUUACUGCUCCUAAGGCUACAAGCAAAGCAGCAAACUCUGUUGCUGCAGCCAAGGCUCCAGGCAAAGCAGCUAAGCAAGCAGAAACCUCUGAUAGUAGUUCUGAUUCCAGUUCCAGUGAGGAUGAAACCCGUCCAGCUCAGAACAAUGCCAAGAGCGCUGCCAAAGCCCCUGCUUCUAAAAAGGUUGAUGCAUCUGGUGAUGCUAAGCCAGCAGCUAAAGGAGCAUCUAAAAAGGCCGAACCGGCACCCAAAGCUACUGCCAAGAAAACGGCCACAAGUUCAAGUGAUUCUUCUUCUGAAGAUGACAAGAAAGUCAAGCCUGCACAAAAGAAUGCUGGACCUGUGGUGACAAAGCCAGUUGCCCAGAAGAAGGAGAGCUCGAGCAGCGAUAGUAGCUCAGAUUCUGAGGACUCCACAACAAAGAAACCAGUAGCCACCACACCCAAAAAUGUUACACCAAAAGCUGCUGCAGCUGCUGCCAAAACUGCUUCAAAGAAAGAAUCAUCUUCAGACAGCAGCUCAAGCUCAGAAUCAGAUGAAGCAAAAAAGAAACCAGCAGUCAAGGCCCCUGCAACACCUGUCAAGAAGACCAUUACACCAUCAUCAGCUGCUAAAACUACCAAAGCUGUUGCAAAGAAAGAAGAAUCAUCUUCCGAUAGUGAUUCCAGUUCAGAUUCUGAUGAUGCUAAAGCUAAACCGGCUGCUACACCCAAAAAUGUUAAAGCUGCCGCGACCCCGGUUGCCACACCUAAAGCUAAAACUCCAGCCAAGAAAGAGUCAUCCUCCGACAGUGAUUCCAGCUCUGAUGAUGCUAAGGCUAAGCCGGCUGCCACACCCAAAAAUGUGAAGGCUGCUGUUACUCCAGUAGCCACACCUAAAACUGCUGCAAAGAAAGAAUCAUCCUCCGACAGUGAUUCCAGCUCUGAUGAUGAUGCUAAAGCUAAGCCGACUGCCACACCAAACAAUGUAAAAGCAGCGGCCACCCCUGCAGCUACAUCAAAAGUUAAAACUCCAGCCAAGAAAGAGUCAUCCUCUGACAGUGAUUCCAGCUCUGAUGAUGAUGAUAAAGCUAAGCCGGCUGCUACACCCAAAAAUGUUAAAGCUGUUGCAACACCCGUAGCCACACAUAAAGCUAAAACUGCAACCAAGAAAGAGUCAUCCUCUGACAGUGAUUCCAGUUCAGAUUCUGAUGCCAAACGUAAGACAACUACUACACCUAAAAAUGUUGCCACGCCAAAAGCAGCCGCUACUCCUGUAGCCACACCAAAAACUGCGCCAAAGAAAGAAGAAUCAUCUGAUAGCGACUCCAGCUCCGAUUCUGACGAUGCUAAAGCCAAGGCACCAACUACGCCUAAAAGUGUAAAAGCAGUUGCUACACCUGUAGCCACACCUAAAGCUAAAACUGCAACAAAGAAAAAGUCAUCAUCCGAUAGUGAUUCCAGCUCCGAUUCUGAUGAUGCCAAAGCUAAGUCAGCAGCUACACCCAAAAAUGUGAAAGCAGCUACACCUAAAAAUGUGAAAGCAGCCGCUACUCCUGUAGCCACACCCAAAGCUGCAGCUAAGAAAGAAGAAUCAUCAGAUAGCGACUCCAGCUCUGAUUCUGACGAUGCCAAAGCCAAGGCAACAACUACGCCCAAAAAUGUUAAAACAGCUGCUACUCCAGUAGUGACACCCAAAGCUGCAGCAAAGAAACAGUCAUCUGAUAGUGAUUCCAGCUCGGAUUCUGACGAUGCUAAAGGUAAGACAACUCCAGCAGCCACAAAAACUGUUAAACCUGCCCCGAAAAAACAUGACAUUUCUGAUAGCGAUUCCUCAGCCAGUGUUAUACCACCCUCUCAGGCAACAGCAUCAAAUCUUUCGCUGGCUGGAAAACCCCCACAAACAGUAAAUAAUACGAAAGCUUCCAGCUCUGAAUCUAGUUCUAGUGAUGAAGGAACGGAAACAAAAAAGACGAACAUUUCAGUGUCCACCCCAAGCAUGCCUUCAAAAUCGUCUAAACCCAUGCAGGCAUCUACACCAAGUAUAGCUAUUACCAAUUCUAACAAAAAGGCAUCGUCAGAUUCAGGCAGCUCAUCAGAUUCUGAUGAAAAUGAAGUUACAAACGUGUCAUCCAAAGCAAAAUCAUUUACAGAUGCUAAUUCGUCACACAUAACAAAUAGCUUCAGCACUCCAAAUGCUUCAUUCACUUCACACAAUGGCACCCCACAGCUGAAUAAAUCUCAGACAGAAAACACACCUAAAGUCAAUGGCAAGAGAACUCCAAACGAACCAUUUCGACGCGUGAAGUCAGAAAACGUGUUCGUGGAUCCAAGACUGCGCGAUAAUUCCUUUGACGGGAAGAGCGGAGCCAGGGGAUCCUGGGGCGAAAAAGCCAGCAGGGAUCUGAUUGUGACUCGAGGCAAAGGGUUCAAACACGAGAAAACCAAGAAGAAGAGAGGCAGCUACAGGGGUGGACAGAUCGACACUGGCGUACACUCGAUCAAGUUUGAAGACAGCGAGUAG